AUGUGCGAACCGAACACAUGGAGCCACCAUGGACUCGGUCAAGGGAAUGGACAGGAGGAGGAGGUUGAAGGAAGCAGGAAGCAGGAAGAUAUGUAUGGAAGGAGCAACAAGGAGGAAGAAAAGGAGGAAAACUUGCAGAGCGUUGGUGAUGGUGAACAAGUGAGGAAUGGUAAGGAGGAGUAUGCAUUCAACAGGAAGCUUGAGAGGAUCCGGGGGCGAGUGACAAGGACAAGAUGGUACAGCACGAGGAUGUUCUUCUUUGACAUAAAAAACGCCGAAGAUUCUGGGAGCGUUGUGCCUUUUGUGUUGAGGAGAGGCGGGGAGCAUUCCUCGGGCGUCCUAACUGCUGCUUCGGUUGUGGUGCAUGGCAAACAGGUUCAGUUGUGCGACGAGGUGGAGGUAGUCUACUUCUGCGAUAGUCUCGAUGCCACCAAGGGAGAAAGGACGAAGGAAGUGUAUAGAGUGCAGACGAUCGAGAAGGCAAGUGCAGACUCGUGUACAGGUACAGAGAUCGAGUUCACUAAGCCCCCACCUGCGGAGGGAGCGAUAGUAAGUUUGACUGCACUCAAUCGGCUGCCUAGGGGCGAGAUCUGCAAGUUCUGGGUCAACAGUGCGAGCUGCCCACUUAGAAACUGCACGCUCAAGCAUGUGAUGGGGGAGGAGCGAGUCUUGGCGAAGAAGGCAUGGCAGGAGGAACGUGCAGCGCAGAAGCUACAGAAGGCCAUGGGGGUGGCUGAAAGGGUUGGAGAUCACUUGGCUGCGACAGAGAAAGUUCCCAAGAGGCUAAGAGCUGAGGUUUUCUGCCGUUGGUUGAUCGAAACUUUCGGCAAGGAAGUGCUGACCGCUGGUUCUGGAGUCCUCGACGUAGCAGGUGGCAAGGGAGAAAUUUCGCAGAGGUUGGCGGAAGCCAACAUAAGCUCGACUGUCAUUGACCCACGGGACUGUAGAAAAGGAAGGGAUAGAGGAGUCAAGCACAUCCUUCAUAAUUUCGACAGCUCUAUGUGGAAUGAUGCAAGUUUUGAGCCCCUUCUAAGCAAAUGCUCUUGCGUUGUUGGAAUGCAUCCAGAUCAAGCUACAGAACCGAUUGUCGACUUUGCUAUUGCCAUGAACAAGCCUUUUGCAGUCAUUCCAUGCUGUGUCUUUCCAAAGCAAUCAGUUUUCAGAACAAACCAGCAGAACGAUCAAGACUUGGUAGUGACUUAUGAAGAUUUCGUUUCGUAUCUGCAGUCUAAGCAUCCCGAUCUACGACGGCAUUGUCUAGAGUUCAAAGGAAGAAACGUUGUGAUAUACAGGACAUGA